UACUCAACGAGUUAGAUAGUCUAAAGUUGGUCGGUCACAACUGCGCACACAUUUCUCCUCAAUUUAACAGAUAAAAUGGAUCAAGCCAUACUCAAUUUGAUGUUGUCGAAUAUGGAUGGUUCUAUAGAAGAUUCUUUAUCGGAGACCAAUUCCCAAGCAGGCAAGUUGAUUAAACUAAAAGAUCAGCAAAUCGAAUCGAAAGAUCAGCAAAUUGAUAAUCAUGUAAAGACAAUAUCAACGCUGUCAAUAAAAUGUCUGGAAAUACAUAAGCAUUAUAUGGAGAAUCAAAUGGCCGAAAAGAACAAGGAAGUAUCGCAGAUUGUGUCAAAGUACCCGGACCAACUAAAGGAGUCGAUGGCUCCCUCAAACGAGACCAACGAAGCACUAAAUAGCCAUGAAACAAUAAAAGAACAACUCAGAGAUCAAUUGGCGGACCAAGCUAAAGCUAGAGAAGAUCAACUCAAUGCUCUUUUAGAGGAGUCGAAUAAAAAAGUUGAGAAUCUAAUCGCGCAACUAUCAGAAGCCGAAAGUAAACUUAAAGAGGCGAAUACAUUUUUACAGGAGUCCAACGAGAAAGUAAAGAUGCUCGAAAUUGAGAAACAGCAAAUGGAGAAUAAGCUGACAUUAAAAAUUAACGAGUAUGAAAUUCUGAUAAAAAAUAACGAAACGAAAAUUAAGAAUUCAGAUAACAAAGAAUACAAAUCGUUAAUUCACUUGGCAGGAUGGGGAUCCCGGAAGGUGACCAUUCACUUUAUCAUUUUCAUAACAAUGAUAUCGCUGGUCCUAGUUGGAUAG